UCACACAUAAUGUAUGACCGCGACCCCAUUGUGACCUCUUCACCUCCACCCCCGCGAGCAACAAUGUUGGAUGAUGAUAGCGACGUCGAGAUCAUCGGCGGCGAAUUUGUCACGCAACCUACCCAGCAAGUGUCUCCCGGCGCUCGAUCGCACUUCUUCGCUGGUACUCAACCUACCAUGCUCCUCACGCCGCAAACGAGCCGUGUCUCGCACCCUCCUUCGCAAGUGCAAGUAGCACGAUCUUCGCCCACCAUCGAUCGUACUCCGCCUCCCAAAUCCCAGGCGCAAACACAAAUACAACGUCCUUUCUUCAACCCUAUGGCACCUCCGGGGACGUAUAGCCACCUGCCACCCGCUGUUCCGCGUCGCGCUCCCAUAGAUCUGACUUCUGACGACCCUCCCGUCGAUCCAGACUCUGAAGAAGAAGAAGGCUUUCGAGGGUCUAACAUACCGCCUUCCAAGCUCGAGACACAGUCUCACUCGCACACCUCCCCUCGAGUCGAGGAAACGCCACAGAAACCGACAUUUGAUCUAUCGGGAUUUAGUUACAAUGCCGCCUUUGUCCGGAAACGACCCUUGGAGAGAUCGCCUCCGCCUGCCAAACGAGUCAAACAAACUGCUCCAUCUCGCGCUAUGCCGGUAGAUCUAACUCUGUCCGACAGCGAGCCUGAUAUCACCUGCCUCAACGAUAUCAAGGACAAGAUUAUGCGUGAGAAAGUGUGGAGACUCAGUGUUGUUCACUCCAGGAAAUCUGUGAAGCAGAUCUACGAUGCUCUCGUUAAAAAGCGGGGCAACGCAAACGACGCGGGUGAGUACCUGAUGGACUCUUCAGACGACGAGCUCGCAAAGGCAGCUGCCGCCCCGAAGAAAACACAACAGCGUGUGCUCCAGCAGCGACUUUCUAGUUUGGCAGAUCGGUAUUCGAACAAACAAGCACCUGCAUCACCUACUGUCGACCCGAGCCCUGAGAAGCCUAAGAAGAGAGGUCGAUUGAUUCGCGGUAGACGUAACCGCACUCCGUCCCCUACAUCAUCGCCCGAAAAGCCCAAGGCUGUAUCUCAUGCAAUUGAGGAUGACCAAGAAGAGGAAGCAAUUCUUAGUGAUUCCGACUCUGGCUCUGAUGCAGGCUCGGCAGAGGUUGAGGACACAUUCGACGCUAGCAAUCUGAUCAAAUUCUUCAAUACUUGUACAGUCAAAGAGAUGGCUGAUCUCUCUGGACACAAAGAGGAGGAUAUUGCUCUGAUUUUCGAGCACCGUCCUUAUAAUUCUUUGGCGGCUAUUGAGGGAAUACACGUUGAUCACCGAAAACCAGCGGUCGGAAAGAAGUCUCGUAAGCCCAAUUCCACUUUUGGUGAGAGGCUCGUGGAAUCAGCGCGAAGCAUGUGGAGUGCCUAUGAAACCAUUGACUCGGUCGUUAAGAGCUGCGAAGCCCGUGGACGACCUAUGGUGACUGCGAUGUCUCGCUGGGGAAUCGACAUAUUUGGCGGUUCUACUGAUGGCGAAGUUGCCGCUACUGAGCUUGUCGAGGAUAGCGACACCGGCGAUUCUGGCUACCAAAGUGCCCGUAGCAAUCGAGACUCGGAUGACAAUACCCACAAGCUUCGAAAAUCCUUGAAUCGCACCAAACUGAUCAAAAAACCAUCAAUCAUGAAUGAUGACAUUGAGUUGAAGGAUUAUCAGCUUGUGGGACUGAACUGGCUUAACCUGUUGUGGAACAACAGCAUCUCCGGUAUUCUUGCAGACGAUAUGGGUCUGGGUAAGACUUGUCAAGUCAUCUCUCUCCUAUCACAUCUCAAGGCAACCUCGCAACCUGGUCCUCAUUUGGUGGUGGUCCCUGGAUCAACCCUAGAGAACUGGGCUCGAGAGUUUCAACAUUUCUCCAGCACUAUCAAUUUCGAGAUUUACUAUGGGUCACAGAGCGACCGUGCGAACAAGCAAGACGAUAUAUUGGAACAGAUCAAGGAGGGCUUCGUCGAUGUUGUUCUGACCACAUAUGAUCUCGCCGUGAAACCAUCGGACAACAAAUUUCUACGCAAAUGCAAACCGCAAAUGUGUAUCUUUGACGAAGGCCAUAUUUUGAAGAACUCGACAACACAGCGAUAUAAAAAUCUCAUGAAAAUUCAAGCGAGGUGCCGUCUGUUGUUGACUGGUACACCUCUCCAGAACAGUCUUCAGGAGUUGCUGUCCAUCUUGGCUUUUUUGAUGCCAGAUAUUUUCGACACGGACGAAGUUCGAGAGGGCGUUGCAAUAGCCUUCAAACACAAGGUCAGGGUCACAGAAAGCGAUUCACACGAUACGCUAUUGUCGACUCAGCGCAUCAACCGGGCCCGGUCCAUGAUGACACCGUUUGUGCUCCGACGGAAGAAGGCGCAGGUGCUUAAGCAUCUGCCAACGAAGACUUGCCGUGUCGAGUACUGCGAGCUUACGCCAAUCCAGCAGAAAAUAUACGAUGACCAGCUCAAGAGGCUGGAACGUGUUGCAGACAAGCCAGCAAAAGAGCACACGAAUGUGAUAAUGAAGCUCAGACAAGCAGCUAUCCAUCCCCUCCUGUUCCGCGAGCGUUACGACAACACUAAGAUCGCCAAAAUGUCCAAGGCAUGUUUGAAAGAAGAAAUGUUCUGCCAAAGCAACCCGGAUGUGAUUUACGAGGAACUCGAGCUUUAUCAAGAUUACCAGUGUCAUUCGCUGGCAGCAAAGUACCCGGCUCUCAAACGAUUUCAACUAAAAAACCACGAGUGGAUGGAUUCCGGUAAAGUCGCCAAACUCAUUGAGCUCCUCAGAAAGUUCAAAAAUGACCGUACCCUCAUCUUCUCUCAGUUUACGUCCGUGAUGGACAUCCUCCAAUGGGUGCUCGAUGACGAGGGUAUUGCGUACUCUCGUAUUGACGGCUCCACGGCGAUCAGCGACCGCCAACCACUCAUUGACCAGUUCUACGAGGACGAGUCAAUUCCGGUGUUCAUGCUCAGCACGAAAUCUGGAGGUGCCGGCAUCAAUCUUGCGUGUGCGAACAAGGUCAUCAUCUUUGAUUCAUCCUUCAAUCCGCAAGAUGACAUUCAAGCGGAGAACCGGGCUCACCGCGUUGGUCAGACCCGCGAGGUCGAAGUCGUCCGACUCGUCACUAAAGGCACCGUCGAGGAGCAGAUCCACGCUUUGGGCAUCAGCAAACUCGAGCUCGAUAAAAUGGUAUCAGGGGAAGACGCCGGGGCUGCCACUGCCACCAAAGGCAAGAAAAAGAGUGAUGACGCUGCUGGCGGUGUGAGCGCUGCGGAAGCAAUCGGCAUACAGGCCGUCGAAAAGAUGAUGCGGCAGCAAUUGGAGAAGAAGAAAGAGGAGGGUAAACCCGAUGACGAUGUGAAGAAAGCGGACAUCAAGGAGCAGUUCCUUGAGGGUCUAGUUCAGGCUGGUUUAGAUAUGAGCGCGGCUUAA